CUUCUGUUUCUGCUCCUAUUUCUGUCUCAGUUUCUGUCUCAAAAACACCCAGCUGACCCUGCCUCCUCCCCAGCAGGGCUCCACCCUCUCUGCCCUUCCCUGGCCGGCUCUUAAGUCCCUGGGGCUCAGCAGGCAGCGGGGUAGUGCUCAGCUGGAGCUCUGGCUGCAGGAUCUCAGCAAGUCCCCGCGGGAGGACCCUAAGCCACCAUGUGCUUCGCUAAGCACCUCAGACAGGAGAGGACAGCACCAGUUCCUCCCUGGUCAGCUCUCAGCAGGACCAUGGAGGGCUAGGCAUCUGGGAACCAGGUUGACCCGCCUACUCCAGGGCAACUGUCCUCCUUGGAGAGACCCACGUGUCCUGGCUUCUUUCAGGGUGUUAUCGCACAAUCUUGUAGAUGAAUUUUUCGAUAUAAUGGAAAAUGAACCAGAAGGAGCACAGAUGGAGGAACACCUAGCAGAGAUGGAGGAGAAACUCAUCAAGGGCACCUUUAAAGUCAUGGAAGAUCACAUUCAAGAGAACCUUCCCGAAUCCCUGCAGGAGUCCAGUCCCUUGCUUCAGGAAGCAUGGCAAGAAGUACGCUGCAGAAUCCAGAGAUGCUCCGUCUCCACCUCUCUGGAGGUCCAGAAUCCGGAAGAGAGUAUCUGGGCCAGAGCCCUGCGGCAGUUCUUGGGCAUUCUGCAGAGUUUCCUGUCCGGGUGUUGGGAUGUGCUCACCUGGCUGUGGGAGAAGGCGGCGGCCUGCCUACAGGCCGUAUGCGGUGCGGUGGAGGCCCUCUGGGAAGUGCUCACAGAUUUCUGCUCCUUUGUUGGGCAGCUCUUAUGCAGAAGCCUCAUCCAGGUCUAAGAGCCUCACGUGGUUCUGGAGGAGCCCCACCUCAUCCAGAAGGCCCUGCACGAUCCCCUUCCCAGAAACCAUCUUCUGAAGCGACCUUUACCCUCCUGCUCACCCUUGACCCAUCCUUUAACUGCCCUCACCUCCUGUCCUGCAGGGACGACACCACAGCAUCAGGCGAGGUUUCCCUUCCCCAGGUCUGACCUGUCUGUCAGGGACGGGGAAGCUCUGCUGACCCAGGGAUGUGGGAGAGGCUUGGAAGCCUGGAGGCCCCAAGGACCAAGGUGCCUUCCAUGGGUGAGCAUGCCUCAGUGUCUUUGCUGUCGCUCCAGACCCUGUCAGAUGGGGCGCUGAGCUGAUUCUCAGCGAGGGGGACCACUGAGGGCUGGCUGCGGGUCUCGCAAGAGGCAGUGGUGGACCCUGACCCUGAUGUUAGCAUUUUAGUGCCCUCAUCAUCCUAAGGGACCCAGCAUGCUGUCAGCUGAGGCCCCAGCAGGGCAGGAGACGUGGAAGAAGGCUCUCCCUGUCUCCUGGGCCUGCGCCUUCCUGUCUGAGGAGGACAGCAGCCUGUCUGGGAGUUCCUUGUGGCAGAGCCCUAUUCCGGCCACACCCUUCCCCCUUCACUUCCAGGGGGUCCCUCUGACAGGCCUGACUCUGGAAGGCUUACGUCUGGCCUGAGUUCCCUGCUGCAAGGAGCCACCCACUGCCAGGCCCUGAGCAGCCUUGGCUUCCUGGCCCUGUCCCUGCCUCACCUCCCCAUCAGUAUGCAAGUUUCUCAGACUUUCCCUUGCUUUCUCCAGUGACCCUGUGCUAAACCUACACUUGACUAUUUCCUUUUUUUCUUUUUACAUAAUGACCUUACAUCUGAUAUACUACUUCUCACAAUGGUGAUUAUAGCCGUUGAUAGAAGUAGUAUGGAUGUUUUGUUUAACGUUAAAUUUCUUCCCCGUUUCAACGUCA